UUUGUGUAAACCUCGGAUUUGCGCCGUUCGCGGAGUUCCAAAGGCCGAUCGGCGGGAAUCGAUAACGGUGGCCGAACGACGACCUCUGCCAUAAAGCCUCGGAAGAUGGCGGCGGCAGCGGUGGCAGCGGUGCCGGCGGUGGCGGCGGCGAAGACACGGUGGUGAAGGAGGCGGUGUGGCGGUGGAAAGUAGCCAAGUAAUGAAGUCGCGGCGGCAGUCGGCCGCGGUCUUUUGAACGAUUCGUGGAACUGUAUAAGUACCGUAUGAGAACAGCGCGCUCCGAAACUCGCGCCCAUCAGACGAUCCUGCACUCAGGAAUGAGGUAACCGCCGGCGAGACGGGUUUGAUUCUUAGGCAUUCGCAACACGUAGAAACUAUCACCGGCGAACUACUUGGCAGGUGACGCGCAAAUAAUACAUCAACAACAUGCCUACAAAGACCAACGAGAGGCCGCCGACAGAGUUGGAUACCUUCUUACCCCAAGAUGGAUCCAAUCUUAAGGAUGGCAUUCUAUCCGCCAAAUAUAUUGUACAAGUUGCUCCACGUGAGGUUGAAACUGCACUGGGCGAUGAGAAGAGUUUCGAUCCCUUCGCGGAACGCAAAGUCGACAAUCCGACAACGGAUUGCGAUACGUUAACGCACUUAUUAAAAGCUUCUCUUGGCACUGGAAUACUAGCUAUGCCCAUAGCUUUUAAGAGUGCUGGAUUGCUUUUGGGUAUCUUUGCCACGAUACUCGUUGCAUUCGUAUGCACGCAUUGCGCAUAUAUUCUGGUCAAAUGUGCGCAUGUGCUCUAUUACAAAACUCGAAAAGCAGAAAUGGGAUUUGCUGAAGUUGCCGAAACAGCUUUCAGUAUCGGACCUCAGUGGGCGAGAAAGUUUGCGAAACCUUCCAGAUAUCUCAUACAGAUUAGUCUAUUUACUACAUAUUACGGUACCUGCAGUGUGUACGCAGUAAUCGUGGCCGCUAAUAUCAAGCAGAUUAUCGAGCAUUAUCAAGAUGUUAAUGUUGGCGAAUACAACAUCCGUUUGAUCACUGCUUAUUUGCUGAUUCCGCUGAUCCUUCUUAGUUGGAUACCCGACUUGAAGUAUCUCGCGCCAGUUUCGAUGGUGGCGAACAUUUUUAUGGGAACAGGACUGGGAAUAACAUUUUACUAUCUCGUUUGGGAUUUGCCGCCAUUGUCUUCAGUGCCUUUAGUAGCUACAAUCGAAAGCUUCCCGCAAUUUUUCAGCAUCACUAUCUUCGCUAUGGAAGCGAUUGGCGUAGUGAUGCCUCUGGAGAACAGUAUGAAGACGCCGCAACACUUUGUAGGAAUUUGCGGAGUUCUCAACAAAGGAAUGUCUGGUGUUACACUUGUAUAUAUUUUUCUUGGAUUUCUCGGAUAUGCUAAGUAUCAGGAUGAGACGCUGGGUAGCAUCACUCUAAAUCUACCAACAGAAGAAAUAGCGGCACAAGUUGUGAAGAUACUGAUUGCCUUAGCCGUUUUUUGUACUUUUGGUUUACAAUUCUACGUGUGCCUCGAUAUUGUAUGGAACGGUGUAAAAGAUCGUUUUGAGAAGAGGCCGCUUUUAGCCAACUAUUUCGUAAGGACGGUGCUAGUAAUAGGCGCAGUUCUCCUUGCCGUGGCCGUGCCGACAAUCGAACCAUUCAUCGGCCUAAUUGGUGCAUUUUGUUUCUCCAUUUUGGGCCUUCUUAUUCCGGUCUUCAUCGAAACCGUAACUUAUUGGGAUGUCGGCUUCGGACCGGGAAACUGGGUAGCCUUGAAGAAUAUAAUUAUAUGCGUGAUAGGUCUGAUGGCAUUAAUAUUUGGAUCACGUAGUGCUAUAAUGGAUAUAGUAAAAUUGUAUAAUGCUUGAUAGACAAAACAUUUUCCAUUUUUUAUGUAGUACAAAUAUUUCUACAAUGUACAACAAAAUUUUCUAUCAGAUCUAUCCAUGGUAUGACUAACGGUAUUAAAUAUAUAUUAUAUACUCG